AAACAUUAAUUAAAUAUCGAAAUUGUAGAUGUAAGACAACAAUAAAUGGCCUAGGUCAUAUUUGACAGCACAGGUAAUUGACAAGACUCUUACACGUUUAAAUAACGUCAACUGUUCAACGGUUGACGAACUGCAAUCUGAAGAAAAUGUAGGAUAAACUACAAUUUGGAUUUAGAAGAUAAAGCUGGAUUUAUAUGUAAACUGUAAAAGUAAACAGAAACUCUUUCGCAAAUAUUUGAAAAGCAGGGUUAUGUUUUUAAAUUCAUAUGAAUUUAAAUUUUAUUUGAGUAAGGUUUCUUCUCAAGGAGUGUUUUUGAAAACUUGUCUAAUGUAUUGUAAUUUUCGCUUUUAUGACUUAAAAAGUUUUAGAAAAAUAUUAAAUUGCGCUAUUAUUUCUUGAGACUGGAACAUUGAAUUAAAUUAACAAAAUGUCGUCUGGUCCGUACAGUUACCAGACUGGACAGUCCAAAACGUUCCAUUGGGCGGACUACGCUGUUUUCGGUAGCACUUUAGCUAUUUCGGCUGCUAUCGGAAUUUUCUACGCCGUCAAAGACAGGAAAAAGAACACCACGGAUGAAUAUCUCCUCGCCGGAAGAUCCAUGCAUCCAAUUCCGGUUGCUAUGUCCCUGCUCUCAAGUUUCAUCUCUGCAAUUACGAUUCUUGGGACGCCGGCGGAAGUGUAUGUGUAUAGUACGAUGUAUUGGUGGAUCUCUGUGGCGUUCAUAAUCACCGCUAUCGGAGCUGCUCAUAUCUUCAUCCCAGUCUUCUAUAACCUCGGUAUCACAAGCGUCUUUGAGUAUGCUGAGAUGCGGUUUGGUCGGGCAACUCGUAUCAUAGCCAGCAUCAUCUACUUAGCAUGGAUGAUGUUCUACAUGGCUAUAGUAUUGUACGCACCUUCACUCGCUCUGAAUGCAGUGACUGGUUUAUCGUUGUGGGGAUCAGUGCUGGCAGUAAGCAGUGUGUGUAUAUUCUAUACAGCUCUGGGUGGUAUGAAAGCAGUUUUGUGGGCGGAUACAGUACAAAUGACGAUAGUGUUUGCCGGAAUGUUGACCAUUCUGAUUGAAGGUUGCAAAGUGCUAGGUGGUCUCGAUAAAGCCUGGGAUAUCGCCGACAGAAAUGGAAGAAUUGUGAUUCUUGAGUUUAAUGCUGAUCCACGGAUACGUCACUCGGUGUGGAAUGUUGUAAUAGGAGGAGGGGUUUUCUGGUGCGCAGUGUUUGGUACGAAUCAAGCUCAAGUUCAAAGGGCAAUUUCAGUGAAAAAUGUAACCAGAUCAAGAGUAGCAAUAUGGCUGAAUCUCCCCGGCAUGGCGUCAAUUAUUACACUAAGUUGUCUGGUCGGAGUUGUGAUGUACGCUUUCUAUGAGAAAUGUGAUCCAGUUUCGUUCGGUAUCAUCACCAAGGCUGACCAGCUGGUGCCAUUAUGGACUAUGGAUUUACUCGGUGAAAUGCACGGACUGCCUGGCUUGUUACUGUCCACUGUAUUCAGCGGAAGUCUUAGCACUAUAUCUUCCGGACUGAAUGCUGUAGCAGCCGUGUUGUUGCAAGAUUUUGUGAAACCCAUGUGCUGUAAGGGAAUUUCUAAUGAACGUGCCACUUGGAUGUCGAGAGGUUUCGUUAUAUUCUUUGGAUGUCUCUCCUUAGCCUUCGCCUUUAUCGUAUCGCAACUGGGAACCAUGAUCCUACAGCUAGCGUAUGUGUUGUUCGGUGUGCUUGGAGGACCUUUGCUCGGGAUGUUCACUUUAGGUAUGCUCUUUCCGUGGGCCAACAAAUGGGGCGGAUGCAUAGGAAUUACGACUAGUGUAUUGUUAUUGUUAUGGAUUGGACUCGGAACCUCUAUCACAAAGACCAACGUUACAGUGAAACCGCCUGUAUACACGUCAGCUUGUAACUGGACAGCUAUAAACAGUACCGCACCACCUCCAAUAGACACUUCUGUCACGCUUAAACCGAACGAUAUUAAUGAUGACUAUACAGGAUUAAACCGCCUUUAUACGGUGUCAUAUAUAUGGUACUCUGGUAUAGGUGUGGUCACCGUAGUUGUCGUUGGUAUGAUUGUCAGUCUCCUUACAGGUGUAACAGACACAAAAAAACUAAAUCCAAAGUUAAUAUGUCCCUUUUUCGAUAUUUUCUUCCCAUAUCUGCCCGAGACAUGGAGAAAACCACUAAGAUUUGGGGUUAGACAUGGAGAGGAUACGGAGCGAGAAUUUGAUGAUUCUAUAGAGAAAAGAAGAGAACGUAUCGCAAGUCUCCAUUUAGACGAGGAAAUCCAGCCCUAUAUUAUAAAUGGGAAAACUAAGCAAGUCAAUGGACAUGACAAUGUUGGAUAUGUAGGACCGGCGUACAAUACACAGCUGUAAAACAUUGCAAUUUAGAACAACAGAGAUGGCAUAAAUUAGUCCCCAUACAUACCAGAUCACCUUGUGGUUGUGUUCAUCUUUGUCCAUUCUGGAAAAUACUGUUAACAUUUACUACUUUUUUGUGUUUACUUACAUCAGCACCAAAUUUGGUGAUCAUUGUAAAACUUGUUACCUGCUCAAAGUAGUUAAUCUUGUCAGGAUAGACUCUUAUUUGAAAUCUGAUAUUUUCACCCUUAAAACGACAGACAGAGGCCCGCGUCUCGUACUAUUAUUCAGCUCGUUCAAUUAAUGCAACUCUGAAUCUACACUUAUUUUGAUGUCUUCUAUAUGGGCAAUGAAUCAACAGCGUGAAUUAUUGUACUUAACGCAUUUUAUAUACAUGACAAAGAUAGACGCACUGGCGAAAUCAACAAAAACGUUCGUGGAUAUGCAAAUUACACAAUACUGUGUGUUAGCUGUUGACUUCCAUAUUGUUCAUGCAUUUAAAGUUUAUUUUAAUCAGAAAUACACAAACUAGUAACUGCAUUCUUAUUUCAUAUUUGGUAGACAAGAAGCAAUGAAAUUACUGCAACAAAAUGAAAACAUUUAUAUUUAAAUAAAUAUUUAACUGCUCUUACACUCUGGGAUUUACAAACCAUAUCUUGAAUACUUUUUUUUUUGGAUACAGCAUAUAUAUAUUUUGUUUUUGAUUUCGGUUGUAUUUUAUAUUAAUCAGAUAUAUAUCCAUGUAUACAUAAAUAAUUACACAUCAGU